UGGCUGUAAUAAUAUGCACCGGUGCUUAAUUGAAAAACUUCUCCAGUAAAAUAUCCUAACGCAAUCGAAACGUUUCAAUCUUGUAAACAUUUUAAAAUAGUUUGGUCUGGUUGAACCCUAGAGAUGCCAAGAAGUAGAAGCCGAUCUCCAAAACGAGAUCGUAAAGACCGAGAUCGAUCACGAUCCAGAGACAGAGAAAGACAUCGCAGGCACAGAAGGAGUCGCUCACGUUCUCGGGAUAGACGGAGACGAUCAAGGUCAAGGUCACGGGACAAGGAGAGGCGAUACGACAAAGAUGACAGGCGUGAACGUCGUGAUGGAGGUCGUGAUGGAGGUCGUGACAGGGGACGGGAAGAUCGUAGUAGCUCUCAACACGGAAGUCGGGGUCAUGGGGAGGAAAGUGAAGAAGAUGAGAUAACCUUUCAGGCUGUUAACAAAAACGUCACUGCUGAAGAACUAGAAGCUAUGCCUGAAGAUGAACAAGAACUUAUGAAGGUCAUGGGCUUCUCCGGCUUUGAUUCCACAAAGGACAAGCAAGUGGUCGGGAAUGAACAUUACUGCGCUAAUAUCACAAGAAAACGCAGAUACAGACAAUACAUGAACAGAAAAGGUGGAUUCAACAGACCUCUGGACUUCAUUGCCUAGCAGUUCCCAGUAUUUUAUCACGAGACAGAACGAUUUAGGGACUAAAAUCCCAAGAUAGAGGAAUAUAUGGCCAAUAUACAGACAGAGAAUGAUGGAUUUCAAAUUAGUGACAUGUAGGAAGUUAAAAAAGUAAAGAGAGUAAAAGGAAUGUGUAUUUCAACUUUGACAACGCUGUGAAAAAGCAAUCACUCAUUUCAUUGUAUAUAGCAUGGUUAAAAUGUAUGGUUAUAUAAAAAAAUAUAGAAUCUUUCACUUACUAUUUAAUACCAAAAAUUAUGAACUAAGUUUAGGAAAGGUUAUAAAUUGAGCCAUCUGUGAAAUUUAUAAUUUUUCCUCAGAGUUUCAUGAAAUGUUGUAUUCAAUUGCAAUAAGUGUAAGACUCUUUCAACACAUGACACAUUAUCAUCGCCAAAAUGAAGAUUUUAUUCACUAUGCUGUAAAAUGUUGGAAGCUAAUUAAGUAGGGCAAAAUCAAGUCAAUGUAAUGUUAUUUGACACGAGUAUAAUAGAAAAAAAUAUGUAAUGGUUUUAAAACACUUAAACCAAGGAACAAAUAUAAUAUCAUUAUGUAUUGAAUGGAAAAAUGACAUCCUGUAAAGAAUCAUCAUACAAUUUUCGCGCACUGUACUCAUUGUUUGUAUAUGAGAAAGAAAUAUCAAGAUUUUGUUGUAGCCUUGGUAUCAUUGUUGUCGCACACACAAACUUAAACAUUUGCUCUAACUUGAUAACCAUUAAACAUAUUGAAAUGAAACUUGGUAAAUUUGUUGCCAGGACACACAUGUACAGCAAGGCCAUAACUUCUGGCUUAUGACAUUGUUGAGUUAUUCCCCUUUUGCGACUAAAGAAUACAACAAGGCUUUGCGUUAGCUCGGUGGUGCUCUUGUUUCAAAAUCAUGACUUAACAUUGUUGUAAAUUCCUGUACCCAUAUUGUUUUGUGAUUUUAAUGUUUUAUAUGAAUAAAUGUGUAGAUAACUUG